CACACCGAGCCUGCACCCUCCCUUCUUGCUGCAGAUUUCUGUAUGUGAUGAAAAGAUAGAGACAGGCAGAAGUACCCCUUGCUGUGGCACUUCUUGUGACAUUUGGGUAGGUUAUAUGGGCUACCAUUGUCAUCAUUGGCUUGAUCCAUUUUCUUACAGAGGACAAACCAUGCUGCCUCCCUCCUCCAUCCUUCUCCUCUGCUCUGCUUUUCUCCUUUUUCCAGCAGUUAUACAACCUGUAGUGGGGUUUACAGGGGGAUAUGGUCCAGUUUUUGAAGAACAGCCUCAGAGCACUCUGUACUCUGAAGAUUCUGCAGAGGAACAAGUCGCAUUUUCAUGUCGUGCAAGGGCCAUUCCACCAGCUACCUACAGGUGGAAACUAAAUGGAACGGAUUUAAACCUAGUGGCAAACUCUAGUUACCAGAUGGUUGGGGGGAACUUGGUCAUAUCCAGCCCCACACAGUCUAAGCAUGCAGGAAUCUACCAGUGUGUGGCCACCAACCCAAGGGGCACAGUGGUCAGCAGUGAGGCCUUGUUGCGUUUUGGCUACCUUUAUAACUUUUCUUCCGAGGAAAGAGACCCAGUUAAAGUGACAGAGGGAUACGGAGUGAUGAUUCCAUGCAAUCCACCACUGCAUUAUCCAGGUCUGUCAUACCGCUGGCUACUCAAUGAAUUUCCCUCAUUCCUGACCACCGAUUCCAGGCGCUUCGUGUCCCAGGUUACUGGGAAUUUGUACAUUGCACGCACAGAGGCACAUGAUGAAGGGGAAUAUUCGUGCCUUACCACCAGCCAUAUAUCUUUAAUGACAAAGAGUGUGUUCAGUACUUUUACCAAGCUCAGCAUCACACCAGAGGCUGUGCCCCGCAUGUACGCACCAAGCAUUAAAGUUCGGUUUCCUGCAGAGACAUACACCCUUUCUGGGCAGGCAGUAACACUGGAAUGCUUUGCUUUCGGCAAUCCUGUGCCAACUAUUCGAUGGCGGAAAGUUGAUGGCACACUUCCCCCUCGCUGGUUGGAGCCUGACCCUGUCCUGCACAUUGAUAGUGUCAGCUUUGAUGAUGAUGGGACUUAUGAGUGUGAAGCUGUGAACUCAAAAGACCGUGUUACUUAUAAAGGGCGUGUAAUAGUACAAGCCCAGCCAGAAUGGCUUCAGGUUAUCUCUGAUACAGAGGCCAAAAUUGGUUCUGAUCUUAUCUGGAACUGUGCAGCUUCUGGGAAACCACGUCCAACAAUUAAUUGGCUGCGUGAUGGAAAACCACUGACUUCACAGGGUCGCCUUGAAGUGUCCAAUGGACAACUGAAGUUCGCUAAUCUAAGCCUGCAGGAUUCUGGAAUGUACCAGUGUGCAGCAGGGAACAAGCAUGGCACCAUCUACACUAGUGCAGAGCUGACUGUGCAGGCCAUGGCUCCAGACUUCCGCUUGACACCUGUAAAACAGCUUAUACCUGCGGCUCGUGGUGGCGAAGUUAUUAUUCAUUGUAAUCCACGGGCAGCACCCACCCCAGUCAUCCUGUGGAGUAAAGGGACUGAGCUCCUGCAUAACAGCACAAGGGUCACAGUCACAGCUAAUGGGACAUUAAUUCUCAGAAACAUAUCUCGUUCUGAUGAAGGGAAAUAUACCUGCUUUGCUGAGAACUUUAUAGGAAAAUCAAAUAGCACUGGCGUCCUGAGUGUGCGCGAGGCUACAAAGAUCACCCUUGCUCCUUCUGGCUCAGAUAUCAAUCAGGGGGAGAGUGUCACACUCCAGUGUCAUGCCUCCCAUGAUCCUUCUAUGGAUCUAACAUUUACAUGGUCAGUAGAUGGAAACCCCAUUAACUUUGAAAAGGAAGGGGGUCAUUACCAAAGAGCUACAGUGGAUGAAGCUGUUGGAGAUUUACAUAUUAUUGAUGCACAACUGAGGCAUGCUGGGACAUACACAUGUACAGCACAAACUGUGGUUGAUCAAGCAUCAGCCUCAGCAUCACUGCUUAUCCGAGGACCCCCAGGUCCUCCAGGUGGGGUUGUGGUUACAGAUGUUAGUAACACAAGCAUUCAGCUGAGCUGGAGUCGAGGGUUCAACAAUCACAGUCCCAUCAGUCGCUAUACAAUCCAGGUGAGGGAGUCACAAACGGAAUCCUGGAGAACAGCACGGACAGAUCCUCCUACUGUGGAGGGUAAUGCUGAAACAGCCCUUGUGAUUGGCCUCACCCCAUGGACUGACUACAUGUUUCGGGUAAUAGCCUGCAAUAUUUUGGGUGUUGGAGAACCCAGCACUUCGUCUGCUUUGAUCCGCACAAAAGAGGCUGCUCCCAAUGUGGCCCCAUCUGGAGUCAGUGGAGGGGGAGGUGCUCCAAGUGAGCUGACCAUUAACUGGACGCCAGUAAGUAGACAAUAUCAGAACGGAGAUGGCUUUGGUUACCUCAUUGCUUUUAAGAGGAAGAGUGAGAAUACGUGGCACAAGGUCAGAGUACCUGGGGUGCAGUCACAGCACUAUGUGUACAGAAAUGAAAGCAUUGCUGCUUACACUCCCUUUGAUGUCAUGAUUAAAGGGUAUAAUCAGAAAGGAGAGGGACCCUACAGCUUGGAAACCACUGUAUAUUCAGCAGAGGAAGAGCCUGUCGUCACUCCAUCUGAGGUUAAAGCCACAGUCAUAUCUUCCUCGGAAAUUGAAUUGGCAUGGAACUCUGUGCAUCCUGUUAAUGGAGUCCUAUUGGGGUAUGAGAUACGGUAUUGGAAAGCUGGAGAUAAAGAAGCUUCAGCAGACAGGGUGAGGUCAGCUGGCCUGGAUACUGUGGCCCGGGUGAGCGAUCUGAGGGCUGAUACCACAUAUCAUGUCACUGUUCGUGCUUACAACCGUGCUGGUACUGGACCCCCAAGUCCCAUUGCCAAUGUUACCACAACCAAAGCACCUCCGAGUAGAUCCCCUGGAAACAUAUCAUGGACAAUUUCCCGCUCCAGUAUUAACCUCAAAUGGGAUCCAGUGACAGCAUUCAAAAAUGAGUCCGCUGUUACAGGAUACAAGAUGCUGUACCGCCUGGACUCUCAUUCCUCUCCCACCCUCUAUGUGACUAGCAAGACCCGAAUAGAGCUCCCACUGCCUGAGGGUGCCAGCCAUGUAACGAUACAACUCCGGGCCACAGGGAAGGGAGGUGAUGGAGAGCCUUCUGAGGUUCACAUUCCCACAGAUUCAGGUACUGGCAUGAUGGUGGAAAACUCUGCCUCGCAACCAGUGAUUAAAGCUCUGAUUGCAAACACAGCAGUUGUCUUGGUUCUGAUUGGGUACCUUGAAGUUUGAUAUUCCUUACUAAUAAAUCCUUGACCUGAUCGCAAACACAGCAAUUGUCUUAGUUCUGAUCGGGUCGUUGAAGUAUGAUGUCUCUUGCUCUUUAACUCUUUACCUGUGGAAGAAUGAAAGACAGGGCUAUCUCACCUUCUUGGACAACAAACAUGACUAUCCCUAACUUCAAGACAGCAAAUAUUUGAAGGUGAUGGAAAACAAGGGUUUACUCCUUUAUUUGGUAAAAACCCUUUAAUAGUAAAACUGAUGAACCUCCAGGAGUUUUUUUUAUUAGUAAUAAAGUUGGAUUUGUGUUCAGAUGGUUUGGGAAUGCAGCACUUUUCUGAUGUAACACAAGGGGGGGUCGUAUUAAGCCAUGUAUAUGCUUUAUAAAUAGCAAGACUUUUUUGUACAACAUGCUUUGUCUGACCUUUUUUUGUACUACAUGCCUUGUCUGCCCUUUUGGUUGUUUUCUAACUUUGUAAAAACUGUAAGAAAUCAGAAUGAUGUUUCACGGAUCAUGUGAAAGCCAGGACAUCUAAUACAGGGAAAUCCAA